AAAGCAACCCCGCUGUGACGAAGCUCUGCCCCUCUAUACUAAGUUAAAGCUCUAUUUUAUUCUUAGAGCUUGACAAAACUUCAACAUUGACUAUUAUUUUUGAACAUCCAAACCAAUACUUUUACCUCCACCUACCAAAAACCAAAAACCAAAAACCAACAACUAACAAACUCCAACUAUGGCAGCGCACAUAACCUCGCCUAACGAGCCAUUUCCACGGCCAGAAGACAUCGCGGAAGCGACGACAUCUCACCGACAAGGCUCGUUCAUAAUCUCAACGCGGAAACUGCCCAUUUCAAAAGCCGGCCCUAUCGAAGCUCUGGAGCAAGAGCUAGGCAUCCCCGUGCCCGAGAUGAUCUUCGGCGACAACCUCGUUUCUGUGCGCCACGCGCCCUCCGGCUGGGCUGUCGAGUUCAACGCUCGCGAUGCUUUAGACGCGGUGGACAAGACCGAUCGGAACAUGCUCCAGGUCGCUUACGCUAAGAGCUGGUCUGCUAGCCGCGAGCAGACCAGCGCUGGCAUUAAAGAUGUAGUCAGGCCGUACGAUUGGAGCUACAGCACUACGUAUCGGGGCAGCGUCGUCCCCCCCUCGUCUCGAGCUCCCCCGCCGCCGCCGGGUCCGGCAGCUACCGAGAACGACACUAACACGGAGGAAUCCAAGAAAUCAAGCGAGCAGGAGGUAGAAGGGGCCCAGAAGAACAAGUUCGAAUUCACACCCUCAAACAAUCCCAUCCCAAUCGAACUUCUAAAACGGCGGGACCCGAUCCUCUUCUUCGACGAGGUCAUGCUAUACGAGAGCGAACUCGACGACAACGGGAUCAGCAUCUUCAGCGUCAAGCUGCGCGUGCACGAGCGGCGCAUGCUGCUACUAGCUCGGCUUUUCAUGCGUCUGGAUAACGUCGUCGUGCGCAUCCGCGACACGCGCGUGUACGUCGAUUUCGCGGCUGAGGAGGUCACGCGCGAGUGCACGGCGAAGGAGCUGGGGUUCGAAGAUGUAAAGCGGAAACUACUCAUGACGGGCCUGGUACCCGACGCUGUGACGAUAGCGUUGCGUGACGCUAAUAAGAUCGCCGACUUGCUUCCUACGGUGGAGCAGACUUUGGAAAGCGUCUCGCUGAGAUCAUAGACCUUAGAUACGGACGGGAUUAUUUCGAAUCUCGAGAGCUUAUUUCUAAGGAUCGGAUUUGGUUGAUCGGGGACUAUAAGAGUAAUGAGCAGGUGGGCAGGUUUAUGAAUUCUACGAAAUGCAUGGUUUGGCGUUCGCGGAGUUGGGCAUGAGUAGAGCUUUGGCUCCCGAAAGGCAUACGUUCACAAGUGAACGGUUUGAUACAUGAUCAUAUGCUCAAAAGGGAUAACAUGGUAUGAAAAAUUAUGGUGUAUAGCAGCA